UUUCAAGGCUUAGGCGGUGCUUCAAAUUUUCAGGUCAUCGCCGAUGGACGGCAUUAUGGGGUGAGUUUCUCUUAAAGUCUGGGCUUCCAUCUUUAAGUUUUCUCCUUAUAUCGUAGUUAUUUAAUUCUCUCGUGUUGUGGGGUCUUAAAAGAGAAGUCAUGACGAUUUUCUUGCAGGUUUUGUGUGAAUAAUUAAUAUCAAAAUGUGGUUAAUGAGCAUGAUAUGUUUUGAUAUAUUUUGUUGUUUUAAGCAUAGUGCAGGCCUGGGCUUGAAUUAGUGCCCUCUACUAUAUCCACUCAUUUCUUCGAAUUUUUGCAUGCGUUCAUGUAUCUGGAGAUAACAACCAAAUGGAUUCAUCCAAAGUUGGUCCUUGGUAGAUAAUUUUUUGGUCAACCCGUGGACUUGGUAGUAAAUAUGGACUUGGAAGUUCUCUAGGGUCGUCAAGUGAUGUUGUGCAAAUCCGGUUACAAGGCGACUCUUAUCCGAGUGGUGAUUCCCUUGGAUCAUCUGGCGCUGAUAUGUUUGGACUGCCUGGUUAUACCGGUAUCUCUUCCGGUCUUCCUUAUUACGUUGACUCGGUGGGUGGUAAUGUGGGUUUGUGUGGCGGAAUGAUGGGUUUUGAUGAUGAACUCGGUCACUCCGGCCUAGACAGCAAUGAACUUGUCCAGCUUUUGGGAGGCAGUCAAGCUAUCGCUCAAUUGUCCGACAGCCAGCUAGAAGAACUGGGUCGUGCGCAGUUUACCAUUGUGGAUCCUAGAACUGACAACGAAUUAGCAAACUGUCCUUUAAGUUUAUCUGUAGAAGAGGAUGAUCGACCGUUAGAUGAAGAUGAAAUUCUCUAUCUGACUAAAGCAAAAAGUUUGGAUUCUAUUCGUAUCAUCUCGGUUCCUGCUUCCGGAUAUACAAGCAUUAAUGCUAGCCAUUUAGCUAAAUGUGUGAAUCUCCGUGAACUGGAUCUAUCAGAAAAUGCACUGCGUGUAUUCCCCAGGCGUUUACAUUUACCUCAGUUAACUAAACUGAGUAUUACAGGGAAUAGAUUUAUACAUGUACCCCUAAUUGAACAAUUUCCUAAACUGAUUCGAUUGAAUUUGGAUGAGAAUUUGAAACAACUAUUAAAUCCUCAAAUGCUGGUCUAUUUUUGUCCAAAACUUAAAUAUAUCAAUAGUAUAUACUUUGAAGAGACGCUUAAUGAUUUCACUAUUCGUAUUAUACAAGAAGCUAGAUCUAUAAUGGAACCGAUUAUACGUUCAAAAUGGGAAACUGACUUUACUGAUCGAUAUCCCUUUGUAAAAAAUCGUGAAGAACGCAUGACGUUAAUUGGAAACAUGAUCCAGCAGAUAAGAGAACGUAAUAUUAUACUCAGUGAAGCUUUAAAUAAGUAUAAAGAUUUAUUGCUUUUUCGAUCUAUUGAUGAAUUACUCCGAUCAAAAUUGUAUGAUGCCUCUGAUACAGAACUAUUGAAUGCAGUUGAUUCGCUUGUAGAUGAUAAAUUAACAACAAAUGUUGAUAAUACUCUGGACAUGACAGCUGCUUCUGUUACUGCGAAUGGACACACUGAGGAAGAUUACGCCUUAACUGAAGCUUCACGAAUAGCUGAUAGUGAAUUGACUCCUUCAGGUGAUUGUACUGUUGUUGCUAAAGUCACCGCCGCUGCUGCUCCUGGUGGUGGUGCUACUAAUACUACUUCACCGCAUAAAAGUGUUGAUUCGCUUCAUUUGAUGAAUGCAAAACUGUCUCUAUGUGAUUUAGAAUCUGAUGAUACACACGAUGACGAUGAAGAAGAAAAAGAAGCGGCUGCACGUGCUGCCAAUGAAUGUGCAUUGUUCGAUGCUGCUGAUGAGUUAUUAGGUACACAUCUGCCUGAUUUACAAUUAUUAGCUCAAAAUGCUAAUCAACUGCAAACCACAUUUUUUGUUGAUUCAAUGGGUCGUUUACAUCAACAACAAGUACUUCUUGCAUCGAAUGGUACUUGUCAACUAGGCUUACCAAAUAAUGGAUUGUCAAAUUAUCAACUGCACUUGGGACGUUCACUGCGACAAGGUCGUUCAAUUGUUAUGACUGUUGUUCGUCCACGUGGUGUUAGUGGUCGACCGGUGGCUGAAUUUCUACCCGGUGAACUGCGUAAUAAAGACUAUGUGAAAGGUUAUAUGGCUUCUGAGAUAUAUAAAAAAGCUGUGAAAGACACUUUGGGACAAAAAGUAACUCCUAAAAAGCGAACCGGAACAGGACGGGUACGGAAAUCAGAUCAAGUCAGUACUUCUGCAGCGGAUAAAUCUUGGCCUGGAUCUGGUAUGGUUCCACUCGGUGAAGUUAAUAUUGACGCUAACACACCAGGUGCAAGUGGCAAAAAAGCAUCUGGUACUGCUAACCAGUACCGAUCGGGUAAAGUUGAUUUUGAUACUAGUGAAGAUUCAGGUGGAGCAACUGGUGGUCUUCCUCCACGACCAAAGAAACGGAAAUCUAUGGGAAUGCACAGAAGCUUACGGGAUCUAUGUUCAGAUACACCUUUCCCAUCUGAUGCCUACAAUACAAUGAAUUCAGUGGCAACUGCUGGUCCUCGCUCUGAUGCAACUCCUAUCGACUAUGACCCGCUACACUUUAUUCGUUGUCAUGCUAAAGAUAAUGAUGCUGGUGAUAGUGAAACUAAGGUGUGGCGUUGUCUUUUCGAACCAAAUCCAUUACGACCAGAUGAAACAACUCAUGUGGUUGCCACUUGUGGAGGUGAAUGUGUAUGCUUAAUCAAUUGUGAAACUGGCAAAGUUAUGAAGCGUUUCAAGCACAUGGAAGAGGAAUUUUAUACCAUAGCCUGGACCACUGUUGAAGUGGAAGGCGGUAAACGUACUAAUAUAUUGGCUGCAGCUGGUCGUAUGCAUGAAAUUCGACUACUUCACCCGGAACAAUUGGUUUGUUAUGCUGAAAUGAAAGGUCAUACAGAGGAUAUAACCGCUAUGAUAUUUCAUCAAACUCAGUCUACAAUUCUAUUCAGUGGAGAUUCUAAGGCAUCUAUUAUCGUCUGGGAUAUUGGUAUCCCUUCUGUACCGGAUUACAAAACACGCUAUCAGUUAUUAAUGCGUCUUCGUUGUCCUAGAUUAGAUGUAAAUCCUGUCUUGAAUCUUGUUUUCCUUCCACACUAUGCCUAUUUAAUAGCUGGUUGUGAAGAUGGUUUAUUCGCUUGGAAGAUAACUGAUUUACGAUUAGAGAAAAGAGAACGUGAGCCUGAUAUGGAGUUGAAGUUAGACUUUAAUCAUGAAGUGUGUAUUGACGCCUUGGCUCAGCUUAGUGACAAUGCUUUGGUGAUAAAAGUUGUCGAGUCUGGAGAAAUUAUGGUCUUCGAUUUUGCAUCAAUUCUUGAACGACGUAAAGGUCUUCAGCGUAUUGUUCCAAUUGAAAUGCGAGGACAUUUAUUAUGGCAAAAAACAGAUGAAAUCUAUAUAAAUGUAUCUGUUAGACAAAAUCUUGGCGCUGUCCUAUGCGGUGAUAAUGAAGGCUCAAUUUGGAUAUAUGAUUUAGAUCCGUAUUUAGAUGAUUUACACGCUUCUAGUCGUAAACGCUUUCAUGUGAAACCAAUUAAAAUUCUUGAAUGGCCAGAGUGUUCAGUUCAAGGGAAUCGUGAUGAAGAUCAACAACUCAAAGAAAGUAUUACAUCUGGUUUUCGUAAUCCUGUAGUGAAUUCAGUUGAAAUGAGCUCUGAUGGUUAUUAUCUAGCCGCUGUCACUGAUAAUAAUCUUGUAUGCAUAUGGCGAUAUGCUCCACCUCAACAACAACAACAACACAUACAGCAACAACAACAACAGCAAUAUUCUCAAGUUAUUCAACAAAUGCCUACAUCAAUGCCUCAAAACAGUAUGCAAUUUGCAACAGCAUUGACUAAUGAUACUAUUGUUACAAGUGCUGGUGGUGGUGAUAUCAUCUGUGGUGGUGGUGAUGACAUGUCAGUACAAUUUACUGGCCUAGAUAUGCUACAGGAUCAUUCGUCGGCUUCAAAUGUUCUCGAAUUUGUUACUGCUGAUCAACAGUUGUUAGGCUAGAUUAGUCAAUGCUCAUGUUGUUGUUGUUGUUGUUGUUAUUAUCAUUAUCAUUCUGAUUAAUAUUCACUUGUUUUUUAGAAAAAUAUAUUUGUCCCGAUAUUGUUCUCUCCCUCUUCCUAUCUCAAUAAAUGUAUACAUUUCAAUUGUAAAGAAUUUUGUUUAUUUUUUUCGACUUGUUUCUUUUUUAAGCGUCCUGUCUCUGUGUAUACUACACAAGGGGUGUACACUUGUACACACGAACAAACACACACACACACAGCCACACAGGUGUAACGACAUCGUCUCACAACUCUUUCUUUUUCUUCUUGCUAUUUUUCAUUUUUGUUUUUCUAUACUACUUAUGGUCAUAUUAUCAUAUCAGUCGUUUGUUCAUCAUCUGAUUUGAUAUUGAAUGGUAUUCAUUCAUUCCCUGGUAUAAGGUAGGAUAGUAGUGCUAUUAUUAUUAUUAUUAUUAUUAUUAUUAUUAUUAUUAUCUCAAUAUAAAGUUAAUCUGCAUAUUUCUCUACUUUAUAAUAAACACCAAGAUUGUACUCAUUUCUAUAAAUAAAUACAUAACAUACACAAAGAAAGAAGACAGAUAAUUACUUUGUUUACUAAUAAUAAUAAUUAUCAUUAUUAUUAUUAUUAUUAAUCUACCACACCUUCCAUAAUACUACUGCUCUCUCCAUAUAAAUAUUGUCGUUGUGUAUCUAUUAUCAUUAUUUUUGUAUAUCUCUUCCCCCACCCUCCUUUUUAUUUGUUUAAUUUAUUUAUUUGCGUUUUUUUCUAAUUUUGUAUUCCAUUUAUUUUUAAUAAAUAAAUAAACAAACAAACUCCUAACUCGUCCUCCUCGCCUCCCUCACUGAAUGAAUGUUGGUGAAGAAUGUCAUUGUCGCCAAUGUUUUAUCAUUAUUGUCAUAUUAUCUAUUUGAUGAGUGCUAUCUAACUUGUUUCAUCUUUCAUGAACCGCAUACCUACAUAUAAAUACAUAUACGUGUACAAUAUACUUCUGUCCUAUUUGUAUAUCUAAGUGCAUACGUAGCCUAUAUAUAUUUCUACUGUUUAAUAGAAUAUUUUUUUUACAUUCUUUGGUUUUGUUUUCCUCUCAUAAUGUUCGGCAUAAUAUGACAUCUGUCUGUCUGUCUGUCCAUCUAUCUAUCUAUCUGUUCUAUACAUAUUAUCAUUAUUAA